GAUACUGACUCGACGUAAACAUUCAGAACAUGACUGGAGAACCAUGGAAGUGUUCCUCUAUAGGGCUCUAUACGUCUCCCUAUGUCUCACAUUUGUUGAGUCCACAGCCAACUACCAACUGUUCAAGGGGCCAAAGACUGGUGAAACACAGCGCUAUCAAGUUUGUCCUAUGCUGUCCCAGCCAUGUUCCCACUGCUUUUACUGCGAAGAUGGCGUCCUGUCAGAUUCCACUUACGAAUAUAAACAGGAUGUACUAUGUAACCAGUACUACAUGUACAGACACAAAAAUAUGUCAGAGGCUCUUCUACCAGAAGAGUUAGCAAACAACAAAAUACCAGUGUGCAAUAUUGGGCAAGUUCCAGGAUGUGGCCCUCCGCCUCAAGAUAACAUUCAGCCAGGACUGUCCUGGAAAUGUGACCUAGGCCACAGUAAUCAACCCCACUCUGUCUACUUCUCCUGUGCCCUGAUCUGCAACUAUACAAACACUGUGGCUUACCAGUACUACUGCAAUGAAAGUCUGCGCUGGGAACUUCUGGAAGCGGCUAAUUCUAGCUGUCGAUCAAAUGUGUCUGAUGAGAUUGUGACGGAUGCAUCAAUUGAUACUACAGAAACAGGUUCGAAUGUACCGGUAUCUAUGAUUGUUGGAUGUACAGUGGCUGGUGGGGUGAUAAUUCUAGUCAUUUUGAUAAGCUGCUUCAUCAAGUGCUUCAUCUACCGUAAACACAGAGAGGAUGGUAAACCUAGAGAAAAUGAAGUUGUACGAAAUGGAAAACACACUCAAAAUGGUUCUUCAAAUAAAAAUAAUUUGAUAAGAAGAGAACAUGGAACAGAGAUUGAAAUGACAGCGAUGCUUGUUAAUGAAAACAUCCAGGCUAAACCGCAAGAUGAACAUCAGACUAAUGUAAAAAUGUGUGAUCCUUUUGAAAGCAGUGGUCCAUACACAUGUACAAGCGAAAUUCCAUUAAUAAAAUCACACAAUAACAGCCCAAUUAAUGGCAUGCCUCCAGAAAAUUGCAAAAAACAGAUUUUCCACAGGAACAAGAAUAGUGAAACAACCAGUGGCAUUACCAUCAAAUUCAAACUUGAAUUGAACUUGAAAUGGAAAACGUGCGUGGAUGUAAAUGGAGUCUAUGUUAUUCCAUCAGGUGCAGAGGAGAUCAGGAUAUGUAUAAAUCCCAAUCAAUCAAAGGAUAUCUGUGUGGAGAAGGAAGCUGGACCAAAUACUACAGGACAAUACGAUAUUGGGAAAACACAGUUUGUGAUUAAUCCCAAAAAAGAAAAAGAAGAUUGCAGUGGAAAGUAUUGCUGUAAAUUUACCCUUCAUUCAAGCCAAGAAGAAAAGACUGAACUUUUUGAGAUGCAAAUUUUAAGGAAAAAAAUUAACAAUGAUGUGAGUCAGCCUGAUUCAAAUUGGGCUCCACUAACUCUUAGUUCGUUGGCGUCAAAAGACUCGGGUUUAGAGUCAUGUAAAGAUCCACAUGGACAUAUUCCUGUCGACAAAGCGCCCAAGGAAAGUGAUUCAUUAGUGAACUGGAAUAAUCUAUCUUUAGACGAUGUGAUGGUGGAAAAUGAAACAACCCCGUGUCUAACAAAAGGCCAGAAUAGGAGCAGUUGAUUUGCGGCACUUUGUUAAGUAUAAUUUCAUGGGAAAUUGAGAUAUUGCUUUACACCUCUAUCAGUUGUUUAGAUCGCUUGUUCCUCCAUAGACCUCUUUUCCGCAUUAUAUUUGAAGAACGCUUUUAGUUAUUGACAUGCACAUUUUUCUGAUUAUUAUGGUUUCUUGAGAGAAAAGGAAGACACCUAAUGAUUUUGAAGUCAAAAGGUCAAAGGAAUGGUCAAAUUGUUACAUAAAAUUUGUUUCUGCGCAAUAUUUUCAAAAUGCUUUUACCAAUUAUCAUGCUUUAUUGGUUGCUUUGGUGGAAAAGUUGACACUUGAUUUUAAGGUGAAAAGUCAAUGUCACAGGGAGUUAUCUAUGAAAUUUGCUUCCACUUAGCGAACUCUUUGGUCUUCAGUCAAAAGUUACAUGAGCUUGCAACAUGAAAUUUAUUUCUGCAUGAUACCUAUAGAACGCUUUGAUUACUGAUCAUCCAUAUUGGUUUGCUAAUCCAAAAGAAAGGAAGAUGCCCAUCAACUUUGUAUCUAGAUGUCGAAUAAAAAAGAAUUUCUUCAUACACAAGUUUGUUACAGCACGAUAUGGAGAGAGAUUUUAACCUGUGACAAUCACAAUUUAUAUGCUGGUUAUUCUAGGGAAACUGGAGAAAUUUGAGGUUAACCAGUCAAAGGUAAAUUUCACAGAUGUUGUUCCAUGUAAAUUGUUUGAAUAACUUUUAAUAUAUGACUCAUCCUGAUUACCUUUCAUUUAACUUCCUUUCAUACUUGCAUUUAACUAUACUUACUACAUACAGGUUGAUGUACAUGCAUGUUUAAAAUUUUAUAGAUAUGUGAUGUAUAAUUAUUGUAUUAUUGUAUAACUUUAACCCAAUCAGCCCUACUGUUAUAUUUAUGUACUGAAUCUCGUUUAAAUGGAGUUCUGUAUAUAUGCGUGCAAUGAUAUGCAAUGUGAAAUGCUAGUGUGGUGAAGCUACACCUUUCGAUGAAGCUCUGAAGUCUGAAUGCCUUAUGACGUAAAAAUUUGUCUGUUUUAAUUGGUUUAUAAAAAAGCGUUUUUUAAUCGCAUUUAGUUUUCAAACAAAUCCUCCUUACAAAUCUGUCUGAAUAUGUUAACUGAUUUUGCUAAUCUUCUGGUCAAAAUAUGUUAAAAUAGGACAAUUAUAUACAUGUAAAUAUAUUUCAAAAACUGGUAACUUGUGUGUAUUCUUAAUUAAGGACAUUUGUUUUUUCAUCAAUUUUAUAACAUAAAGUUCUAAUAUAAACAUGUAUUAGAUAUUCUCAGGUUUUGGCUGUUUUGAUAUACAUGUUUUGUUAUAACUCUCAUUUGUUUAUUUGUGUUACCAUGUUUAGUUUCUACAGUGGCAAAUAAAUAUGAUAUUAAAUAUUUAAAUGCCAAACAUGUGUCAUAUAAUCAGUCUACAAAUAACAAUACAAUUUCUAACAAAAAAUAUUUUUUAAAAAGAUUUUCGGUUUUAAUCCUGAUUUCGAAAUAAAGUUAAACAAUUUAUGUUUUUAAAUAAUGAAAUUGAAAACAAAGGUUUAAUUGUUGUUUUUGUUAGUUGCAUAACCACCGCAUGAAAUGUGUUUUAUUUAGUGUUUGCAAAUAGAAAUUUAACAACGGGAGAUCACAUGAUAUGUGUCCUCACAUGGCUUAUCAUGAGUUUAUUUCUUCACCAUCGAAAUGUUUGGUAUGUUUCAGUAACAUAAAUACUCAAAAUCAACGAAUACAUGUAUGUCGUAAAAUAAGUUUACCCAUAAAAGAAACGUGUUCCUUUUAGCAAUAGACAUAUAAAAAAUUUCAACGCUAGAUGUGGUAUGGUAACCUAAACUAAACGAGAUAAACAAUGCUUGAUUAAUUUUUUUGUUUCACAUUACAUUCUGUGAAAAUUUCCUGCGACGAUAUCCAAACAUUUAAAAGCAAACACGAGAUUGGCUUUGGGCAGCGUCGGAAGCGCGAGGUAGUUCUCAUGAGCUGUCUAAAGCUAAUCAAAAGAAUGUAGUUUUCUAUGUUAGCAAAUAAGUAAAUGCCAUUAAUUGCAAGUAUAUACUAUAUCCAAUGCUAAAUAUCCUAUUGAUUAUUUCUCAAACAAACUAUUUCACUAUACAACAUCUGGCAUUUUAACCCAUGUCAGUUUUUUCUCUGUUAUUUUUAUGCUCCCCGAAAAUUUAUUUUGGGGGGAGCAUAUAGUCGCCGCUUUGUCUUUUCGUGUUUGGGUCUGUUUGUCUGUCUGUCUGUCCGUCCUUGCACAAUUUUUGUCCGGGCUAGUUGUCAGCAACUAAUGACCGAAAUUCAAUGAAACUUUAUGGGCAGCUUCACUAACCAACAGGAGAUGUGCAUAUUAUCAGCCGGUUCUCGUCGGAUGAUUUUUUACAGAGUUAUGGCCCUUUGAAAUUUUCCAUUGUACAUAUAGUGCAAUUCUUGUCCGGGCUAUUUCGCAGCAACUAAUGACUGGAAUUCAAUGAAACUUUAUUGGAAGCUUCACUACCAAGAGGAAAUGUGCAUAUUUGUUUCAUGCUUUAUUUUGUUUUCAUUGUGAGAAAGCUGCUGAUCAGUUCAUUUCGAAGCUGAUUCGAGGUGAUAUUCGUUCUUAGCACUUUUUUAUCUGUCGCACUUUUGUGUUUCUUUUUGAAUUCAGUUUCCUAUUCUGUCGUCUUUUGCAGUUUUUAGUCCUACUACCAGGUCUAGAUCAGCAGCUUCCUACACAGUUUUUAAUUGCCUCAAAUUUUAUUUAUGCUUUAAUAUUGUCAAACUUUUUUCAGUGUUGUAUGUAAUUUAUUGUCUUAAUUUGUGCUUUCACCCUUAAAAACAUGUAUUUGAUCUUUCGUUUAGCUGUUUUACUCCUGUUUUAUUGCUUACACUUGUUGUUUAGUCGGUUAAAAAGCUUUGCAGCUUAUGUUAUUUGUUAUAUGUCUUGCCGACUCAAAAUAAAAUUUAUAUUUUAUAUAUUUAUAUAUUAUCAGCCGGUUCUCAUCGGAUGAUUUUUCACAGAGUUAUGGCCCUUUGAAAUUUUCCAUUGUACAUAUAGUGCAAUUCUUGUCCGAGCUAUUUCUCAGCAACUUAUUACGGGAAUUUAAUGAAACUUUAUGGGAAGCUUCACUAAUAACAGGAGAUGUGCAUAUUAUCAGCAGGUUAUGGUCGGAUGAUUUUUCACAGAGUUAUGGCCCUUUGAAAUUUUCUAUUAACUGUACAUAUAGUGCAAUUCUUGUCCAGGCUAUUUCUCCCCAACUACUGACUGGAAUCCAAUGAAGCUUUAUGGGAAGCUUAACUACCUUAAGGAGAUGCGCAUGUUAUUUGUGGGUUCUGGUUAGAUGAUUUAUUUAGAGAGUUAUGGCCCUUUGAAAUUUUUAAGUUGCUAAACCAUCAAUUGUAUUAUUUUGUCCAAAGUUAUGCCCCUCAAAACGUUCCCUUUUAUCUGAAUAUAUAGUGCAAUAUUGUGACAAAAGAACCUUUGGGGAGCAUCACCCGUCUCCGACGGUUUCUUGUAACCACUUUACUUUUGGCAUAUUUACCUGUGGUAUUUUUACCUCAGACAUUUAUACUGCACACCAUUAAAAAACAAAAAGUACCUCGAUUUUUUUACACGAUUUUUUCUAAAUGAUAAAUUAGAUUAAUCACAGUAGAUUACUGAUAAGAGUUGAUUAGAGAUAAGACUGUAGGAUAGAAUAAGUUUACACAUGUUAUCAUAUGUUUUUGUAAUUUAUCAUUUUUAUGCCCCAUUUCGAAGAAAAAGGGGUAUAUAGUUUUUGCACUGUCCGUCAGUCCGUCUGUCAUACUUUUCAUGUCCGCUCUCUAAUUCAAAUAGUUUUCAUCCGAUCUGUACCAAACUUGGUCAGAAGUUGUAUCAAGACAAUAUCUAGGUCAACUUUGAAUAUGGUUCAUGCCGGGUCAAAAACUAGGUCACGGGGUCACAUUGUGCAUUUCAAGGAUUUAGCAUGGUAAAAAGUUCAUAUCUUCUAUCAAAGCGUUUAUUGGGGGCAUAUGUCAUCCUAUGGUGACAGCUCUUGUUGCGCAUGUUUUUCUUAGCAUUUAUGUUUAACACAUUUAAUAUUUAUAUAAUGUUUAUAAUGAACUUUAAACAAUA